AGAGUUGUGCUUGAAAUUUGAAGAAGCCUGCUCUUUGACUUGUAUUAGAUUUCCACUUUAUUCUAUUUUCCCUUCUGUCCAAACACCAAGUUUUUUUGGUUCCACAGACACAAUAAAACACAACCCAUCGGGUCUUUCCAGGAAGAAGCUCGUCUCUCUUGCUUUCUCAGCGAAAAUACCUAAGAUCAUGGGUAGAGCUCCUUGUUGUGACAAGGCGAAUGUGAAGAAAGGGCCAUGGUCACCUGAAGAAGAUGCCAAGUUGAAGGAGUAUAUAGAGAAACAUGGCACUGGAGGAAACUGGAUUGCUUUCCCACAGAAAGCUGGUUUAAAGAGAUGUGGGAAAAGUUGCAGGCUGAGAUGGCUUAACUAUCUCAGACCCAACAUUAAGCAUGGAGAAUUCUCUGAUGAUGAAGAUAGGAUAAUUUACACUCUCUUUCGUAACAUUGGGAGCAGGUGGUCAAUAAUAGCAUCUCAGUUGCCUGGGAGGACUGAUAAUGAUAUAAAAAACUACUGGAACACCAAGCUGAAGAAGAAGCUCAUGGGCAUGGCUAAUCAAUCUCAAAGAAAUUUACCUCAUCAUCAACAAGCUGCUACCUUUUCAUCUCUUCUUCAAACAUCAUCAUCCCCAUCAGCGUCUCCAUCACCACAACUUUCACCACCAUCAUCAACAAUAUCAUAUGCCAACAACAACUCUUAUUACACCACCCAGGCCACAAGGUUCACCGUUCUUGAUCAACCAAAUUCAUUCUCAAACAGUCUAUUGAGCAGCAAUUCUUGCAUCACUGCCGGCUCAAACAUUCUCCAGGCUCCCCAAGAGAGUAAUUUGUUGAGUCCUAUCCAGCAUUAUCAAGUGAAAGAUAGCGGCUUGAUGUUUGGAAACGAUCAAGUGGCCGCCAGUUGCAGCUCUUCAGAUGCCACCAAAGAAUUAGAGUAUGAUUAUGGCUGUAGAGGGAAUGGUGAUACCGUUCAAAUGGGUUUGCAGAAUUGUUUUUAUAACACAAAUGGGAGUUGGAGUCAUGAGCAGAAGCCGAAUAUUAAUGGGGGUUGGGAUGAAACGCCACUUAUGGACUAUGGACUUGAGGAGAUCAAGCAACUUGUCAGUACUAGUAGUUGCAACAAUAAUAGCAUUUUGUUUUGCAGUUAAAUCUGUACGGCUGAACGACUGAUGGAUGGUGAUGAUGGUGCUGGCUGUGGGUAAAAUCACAGAGAUCGUUGAAUUUAAGUUUCAAAUUUAGAUUCAGAUUGUAUGUAUGACUUUGGUGUUCUCGACGAAACAACAUUUUUUUUUUCUGACAGUAAAUGGCCAAAAAAUAUUGUUUUAUUUUGUGCAUUUCUUUUUGGGAAAUGAUGUAUGAAUUUGCCUGUUACAAAUUUAAGCUCACUAAAUCCGUUUUAUCAA